GAGAGGGUAGAAAGAUUGUUUGCGUGAUGUGUAGAAGUUCGACUGUUGCACAAUGGGUGCACGUUGAAAUCUAUAAUCAUGUGUGCCUGUGUGUAAAGUCUCUCCUUGUUCAACAAAACGUUAAAAGCACCGCCCAACGGCGUGUAGAAGUUCUUCUAACUCUUGUGCUGCUGAACAAGAAUUAUGAAAUGACUCAUGACACCACAAAAAUUGCUGUCUAGAAAAGUCUGUCAAUAAUUUUCACAAAUCAGGUUCGCCCUCGAGGUGAUUCGGGAGGACAACGUGGUGAAGGGCAAGUCGGUAUGAACUGCAAAAGUAUCGUACUAGUAGUGAUUGCAAUACAAAUUCGCUCAGCGUGACAAAUGGAAUUUGUCAUGCUAAUUUGCCUUGGGAACCAGAUUUGUAAUGCAUGAAUGCGAUUACUACGAGUGCAAUACUUUUGCACAGGAUACUCAGAUCCCUGGAGCCUUCCACCGGCAGGCAGCCCCGGCAACCUGUACUCGGGGUACGGCAACAAUCGGAAAAUGUUCCACAACGUACGCCGAAACGGAGAUUAGGAGUGCCAGCCAGGGGACGCGUUGUGAUGCUGUUCCCAUUCGUCGUACUUGUGCUUCUCGAAUAGUUUCUCUGGAAAUCGCAGUCAGAUCGACCCUUUUGUGAAUUUUUUCAUCUUGCUUUGCAUAAUCUUAAUCUCGCCCCCACGGAAAAAUAAGUAAGUAUGAAUGAUAACCUGCUGUGGUUCUAGGUGCUUGUGUCUCGGCCAGUUUUCCCCGUGCACAUUCAUUGGAGGCACGAGGCAUCUAGCGCGGAAAAAGCAGUGCAUCAAACAAGAAUGCUCGUAAGUCAAAGUAGUAAGAAGAAUUGCUGGUGAGGUCUUCAUGGAGUAGCAGCUACUCGUCCGCAAAAUGAUAUUGUUAGUGUUACCUUCUCGAUAGGCAAUCCCCUGUCGUCACAAGGAGCAUUUUCGCUUAAAAAAUCGCACUUUUUGUCGUUUAUUUCUCGCAUAGUAUCUUCAAUAACCUUUUGCUUUUGCGCUCCACAGACUUUUAGCAUGCAAGAAAUUGUACUGGCACGAUGCUGCUCGAAAC